AAUCGUGCUCGUGUGGAGGCUGGCGAGUGGAAGCAUAAGUUCAGUUACGACAUCACAGCGGACAUGUUGUGUUGGCAUAUCACGGAUCUCUCGCAGGUUUACACGCACCUGCUCUACAAAUGUGACCCGGCCGGGUAUUUCUGCGGGUUCAGGGCCACGAGCGUCGGGGCCAAACACACGGAGGCCAACAGCUACCUGGAGAAGAAGCUGAAGAAACAGCCUGAGCUGACGUUCAGCAGGACUGUAGAGAUGGCGAUCUCGUGUUUGUCUACUGUGCUUUCCAUGGACUUCAAAAGCACUGAGCUGGAAGUGGCUGUUGUGACCAAGGAAAACCCUAAAUUCAGGACUCUGACAGAAAAAGAGAUCGAGGAUCAUCUGAUAGCGAUAUCAGAGAGAGAAUAACCUUCAGGUUUCCACGUUUUUAUAGAAUCCACUGAAAUGAAGCGCCUUCAUCUGGUGUUUGCUCGUUUCUCAGCUCAUAGUUUUACACUGAAUUUGAUACAGAUUGUAUGUCACUUGGUGAAAGACAAACUCUCAGUAUGUAAGUCAGCAGACAGUCAAAUAAUUCUCAAAUAAACAUGGUUUUGUCAGUCUAAAA